GGAGCGGGGAAUCCCACUGCCCUUUGUGGUGCCCGAGCCCUUGCCGCCUGCCAAGCGGGUCUGUUGGAGCUGGCCGUGCUCCAGGACAUGCCUGCCUCCGGGGGACAUUCCUCCACGUGACCUUGCCUCGGCUCAUUCUUCGAAGGCCCCUGGCUCCACAAUCUGGUCUGGUUCAACAUGGCCGAAAAGUCCCCCCCGGGCUUACACAGGAAGGCUUCCAGGUCGACACUGUCCCUCCCGCCGGAACCCGUGGACAUCCUUCGGAGCAAAUCGUGCUCGCGGCGCGUGAAAAUCAACGUGGGGGGCCUGCACCACGAGGUGCUGUGGCGGACGCUGGACCGGCUGCCGCGCACGCGCCUGGGCAAGCUGCGGGACUGCAACACCCACGAGGGCCUCCUGGAGGUGUGCGACGACUACAGCCUGCCCGAGAACGAGUACUUCUUCGACCGGCACCCCGGGGCUUUCACUUCCAUCUUAAAUUUCUACCGCACCGGGAAGCUCCACAUGAUGGAGGAAAUGUGUGCGCUCUCCUUUGGCCAAGAGCUUGACUACUGGGGCAUUGAUGAGAUCUACCUGGAGUCCUGCUGCCAGGCCAGAUACCAUCAAAAGAAGGAGCAAAUGAACGAGGAACUGAGGCGAGAGGCGGAGACCAUGAGGGAGCGAGAGGGGGAAGAGUUUGACAAUACGUGUUGCCCCGAAAAAAGGAAGAAACUCUGGGACUUGCUGGAGAAACCCAACUCAUCGGUGGCUGCAAAGAUCUUGGCCAUCAUGUCUAUCCUGUUCAUCGUCCUCUCCACCAUUGCUUUGUCUCUCAAUACCCUGCCAGAGCUGCAGGAAGUGGAUAAAUAUGGACAGCCCAAUGACAACCCCCAGUUAGCACAUGUCGAGGCCGUGUGCAUUGCGUGGUUUACCAUGGAGUACCUCUUACGGUUCCUAUCCUCACCAAAUAAGUGGAAGUUCUUCAAAGGCCCCUUAAACGUCAUUGACCUGCUGGCCAUCUUGCCAUACUACGUCACCAUUUUCCUGACUGAGUCCAACCGGAGUGUGCUGCAGUUCCAGAACGUCCGGCGCGUGGUACAGAUCUUCCGGAUCAUGCGGAUCCUCCGGAUCCUCAAGCUCGCUCGGCACUCUACGGGCCUGCAGUCCCUGGGCUUUACCCUCAGGCGGAGUUACAACGAACUGGGCUUGCUGAUCUUGUUUUUGGCCAUGGGGAUCAUGAUAUUUUCCAGCCUCGUCUUUUUUGCUGAGAAAGACGAGGACGCUACAAAGUUCACCAGUAUCCCUGCAUCCUUUUGGUGGGCCACCAUCACCAUGACCACCGUGGGCUACGGCGACAUUUACCCUAAGACGUUAUUGGGGAAAAUCGUGGGCGGCCUCUGCUGCAUUGCAGGGGUGCUAGUCAUCGCCCUCCCCAUCCCGAUCAUCGUGAACAACUUCUCAGAGUUUUACAAGGAGCAGAAACGCCAGGAGAAGGCCAUUAAAAGGAGAGAGGCCCUGGAGCGGGCUAAAAGGAACGGAAGCAUCGUGUCGAUGAACUUAAAAGAUGCCUUUGCCCGAAGUAUGGAGCUGAUAGACGUGGCUGUGGAGAAAGCCGGCGAGUCGGCCAACACCAAGGACUCUGCAGACGACAAUCACCUCUCCCCUAGCCGGUGGAAGUGGGCCAGGAAGGCUCUGUCGGAAACCAGCUCCAACAAAUCUUACGAGAAUAAAUACCAGGAAGUGAGCCAGAAAGACUCCCAUGAGCAGCUGAACAAUACUUCUGCGUCCAGCCCACAGCACCUGAGCGCCCAGAAACUGGAGCUGCUGUACAACGAAAUCACCAAGACGGCGCCUCCCUCUCACCCCAACGCAGACGGCCACGAGCAGCCCGAGAGGCCUUCCGGGUAUGAGGAAGAGAUCGAGAUGGAGGAGGUGGUGUGUCCGCAGGAGCCGCCGGCCGCGGCGCAGAGCGAGGGCGUCAUGGACAUGAAGAGCACGUCCAGCAUCGACAGCUUCACCAGCUGCGCCACGGACUUCACCGAGACGGAGCGGUCGCCCCUGCCGCCGCCCUCCGCGUCCCACCUGCAGAUGAAGUUCCCAACCGACCUUCCGGGCACAGAGGAGCACCCAAGAGCCAGGGGCCCCCCGUUUCUGAUACUAACCAGAGAGAAAGGGCCUGUGGCCAGGGAUGCCACCGUGGAAUGUGCGCCACUCGAUGUAAUGGUGAACCUCGAUCCCAGCGGCCCCCAGGGUGGACUACACAGGUCCGACAGUGCAAGUGACAGCCCCAAGAGCUCCCUGAAAGGCAGAAACCCCCUCAAGUCCAGGUCCCUCAAAGUAAACUUUAAGGAAAACAGAGGCAGUGCGCCCCAGACGCCACCCAGCACAGCCAGGCCACUGCCGGUGACAAUGACUGAGUUUGCGCUCACCGCCCCCCAGCACAUUAGCACCAUCCUCUUGGAAGAAAACACUCCGCAGGGGGACAGACCUGUGUUAGGUGCAGACGUGGCCACACAGGGUCAAGGGCCUGCCCAAGGGUUGUCGCCUCGGUUUCCCAAGCAAAACCUGUUUCCUUUGCCAAGCGAGAGGAGGAGCUUUACAGAAAUAGACACGGGCGAAGACGAUGACUUCUUGGAGCUCCAUGGGACAAGGCAGGAGACCCAGGCAGGCGCCAGCCCAAACUGCUUGGCUGAGAAGCCUAGUGAUGGGAGAGACCCUUUCAGAGCAGACGCCUCUGCUGACUCUCCCUCCCCUCAGAACACCGAUCACAACUGCCAGCAAGACAGUGCCCUUGCUGUGGGCGAACUCAAACAGGACAAUAGUCAAGAAGGGUGCAAGCUGGAAAACCACUUGUUUGCCCCAGAAAUUCAUUCCAACCCGGGAGACACGGGUUAUUGUUCCACACGGGAAACCAGCAUGUGACUAGUUACAAAAGCAAUAAAAACGAACUUGUUUCUUAAGAACACGGUUAAUGAUGCCUGUGAACUAAAACACGGCAAGUCCCCACCCCACACACACACACAAAAAUGCAUAAAAUGUUAUUUUUGCAUGGCAUGAACAGUGUAGUUUAAGUACUGUUUAAAUAAAGAGUCAAGACUGUGCUUUGUAACAAACAAACAAACAAAACGGCUGAAGAACAGUGAACAAAUAAAGAGAGCUCUAUUAGGAACCUGUA